UUGGCUGCUGUGAGUCCAUUUAAACAGUUGAAUGGCAACAAAAGCGUUUAGUUUGAGGAUUUGACGCUAAGACAGAUAGCGUCUGUGAUCUUUUCUGGAGUUUUGUUAUUUAACGUUACUGCGGUCUCUGUGGUGCACAUUAAGAGUCCUAUCUGAGAAUGGGGCUAUGGUUGCUCUUUCUUUGGAUGUCAAGUAUGCAGUACAGUCAGGUUGAUGCUUUCUUUGACUGGCUGAAUAAGCCAGAACCAGCUCCUGCCCCUCCAAAAGAACCGCUCGCCCCCGUCUUGCCACAUGGGGAUGCUCCAGCCUUUGAAAUGAAUGUUGCUGAUGAGAAGUUUUUGGCUGAAGCUAAGCAGAUGGAGCUGAGUCCUUUAGACAGCUGCCACUUCCGGGUUGUCGCUCAGCUGAAAGCUACCUGCAAUGGCCUAUCAGAAGAGCAGCUGGCCAAACUGGGUGUGUCUUUGUUUAACUGUCAAUCAGAGGUGGAGGGUCGUAGGACUUACCCAUGCACUGAAGAAAUGACUAUUAAAGAGUGUACAGCAGAGAUGGACUCGGACACGUGGAACGCGUAUCACAUUGUCAGUAACCGAGCACGCUCCGUGUGUUACGCCACACGCCAGCAGCAUUUUCGCAGGCGGGCAGAGAUAACAGUCAACGCACUGAUCUCUACUGCAACCAGUCAACUUGAUGCCAUGAAAGAUCUAAAGGAGGGGCAGAAGGAACUGCGAGAGAUGACGGCUGCAUCGCUGGAUAAACUUCUGGAGGGUCACAGCACCUUACAGCUCCAGCAGGGUUUGCUGAAGGAAGGUCAGGAUCAGCUGGACUCUUCAAUCUCUGAUAAUCUACAGCGACUGUCACAGGAGAAAGCCCUCAUCGCCACCGGACAACAGCUGGUGGCACAGCUCAUUCAGGGCAUCGCACAGAGAAUGGAGAAUGUAAGCAGUCAGCUGAAGGAUCAGGCAUCAGAUGUGGAUGAAGGACAUCAGGCUAUUCUGAACGAUCUGGCUGUGGUACGAGGAAAUGCUCAGGACAUCUUCCAAAAAAUGGAGCUCAAUCUGAACGGCUUGCUGCAGCAUCAAAACGUCACGUCACGGUUUUACUCUGAGCUCAUACACAAACUGGAACGCAUGAAUGGAACUCUGGGAUACAUGCUGAUGUAUCUGGACAACAUGCAGAACCGUCUGGAGGACCGACUGCACAUCAUACAAGGCUAUCUUGGAUGGGCAGGCUUGAGUCUGCGUGCUUUGUGGACGUGUGUGCUGCAUGCUGGGUAUUUCUUGCUGUCUGCGGUCCUGCUGUCAUUCCUACAGUGUGCUACAUUCUCCCGCAUCUCUCUGCUCUUCACCGUGCCCAUCAAUGCAAUCGCAGAGGUUAACCAGCAGUCAUCCCUGGAUCUCAUCUCACUCACUUUGCUGCUGUUCACACUUUCACUGGGUCGUUGGGUUUUGUUGCAGCUGAUGUGGUCUCUGUCUAAAAUGAAGGGUCAUUGCAGCCCUCCUCCUCCUCUCCCUAUAGCCCCCGCUACAGAGAAGACCCCUGACAGAGGAUACAAAUCAAACACGCCCUGCCCAGCUUCAUCCUCUACUCCUGUCCAAAAUGAUCUGGAGUGUGAUUUGGAGGUGGAGAGCUUCAUGAUGGCUGAUCCAUGUAUGUUGGGCCCAUCCCAGCCGUGCGGCCCACCAAACUUUAGACAUCACCCUCUUGGGACACCCAACCAUUCAACCCCCAGACUCAAGAAUCGCCACAGUUUUGGAGGAGUAGUGCUGGAGACUGUUCCUCAGAGGAAUUUGGGAGGUGUGUUGGAUAUUAUGAACCAAUCCCAGCGCUCCAGCCCUAACCAUUCACUUGCCAGCAACAGUUCAUUUUCCGGCCGUCCUCUGUGCAGUGGUACCACUCGUCUAGGUCAGCCGUGUAAGAAGAAAGCUGCGGUUGGUCAGGACUUCUGUAGGAUACAUGAAGGUGGCCACACGUCCUACAGUCGACUUUGAAUUUGUCUUUUGUCAAGUGAUUGGCUGUAACUGUUAAAGCACUUUUUAACUAUUUAAUUGUGGUGAUUUUUAUGGUUUUGUUUAUAAGGUUCAUGUUUAUGCAGUGCUUAAUCGAUUAGUCUACAUUUUAUUUAUAAUAAAUUAUUAAACAUUAAGACACUAAUAUAAAUGUCUGUCUCUCCAAAUAUUUUUUCCAACUUUAAGCAUUCUUUAAUUUGCAUUAUGUCUUGCAUGCAUGUGAGCUGCUUCUUUU